GUAUUGAAAUAGGAUAUAAAAGGUGUACUAGGGUGAGACAUGUAGGAGAGGAGCAUUCUGGCCUUGAAAGAGCCACAAAACGGUUGCACGUAAAUCUAAGCUAUGCGCCUCCAAAACGCAACAAACUGCAGUAAACUGUCCCAGCUGUGAAAUACCCUGGAGAACAAGUCUUGCUGAGAAGAGCUCGCCGAAGAUUUUGCACAGCUGGUUGUCUGGAGUAAGUGAUGAAACGUGUAUUGCAAUGCUUAGGAGCUGAAAACGCCGACAGUAUCGGAGCCGUGCUGAACAGUAAAGAUGACCAGCGGGAGAUCGCUGAAACGAGAGAAACGUGUAGGGCUGCUUAUGAUACUUCUGCACCAAAUGCAAAACGCAAAUACCCAGAUGAGGGAGAGGCUGAUGAGGAAGAGAUUGAAGAAUAUAAGGAUGAAGUAGAGCUGCAGCAAGAUGAAGAGAACCUGCCCUAUGAAGAAGAGAUUUACAAAGAUUCCAGUACCUUUCUUAAGGGUACUCAGAGCUUAAAUCCACACAACGAUUACUGCCAACACUUUGUGGAUACGGGACACAGACCCCAGAACUUCAUCAGAGAUGUUGGCUUAGCAGAUAGGUUUGAAGAAUAUCCAAAACUUAGAGAGCUCAUCAGAUUGAAGGAUGAGCUGAUAUCUAAAUCUAACACUCCUCCCAUGUACUUACAAGCAGACCUGGAAGCUUUUGAUAUUAGGGAAUUGAAGUCCAAAUUCGAUGUGAUUCUUCUGGAACCGCCACUGGAAGAGUACUACCGAGAGACUGGCAUUACUGCUAACGAAAAAUGCUGGACCUGGGAUGAUAUCAUGAAGUUGGAAAUUGAAGAAAUUGCAGCCCCAAGGUCAUUCGUGUUUCUAUGGUGCGGUUCAGGCGAGGGUCUGGAUCUUGGCCGAGUGUGUCUACGCAAAUGGGGUUACAGAAGAUGUGAGGACAUUUGUUGGAUUAAAACAAAUAAGAACAAUCCUGGAAAGACCAAGACUCUAGACCCUAAGGCUGUUUUCCAAAGAACCAAGGAGCACUGCCUCAUGGGCAUCAAAGGAACUGUGCGUCGCAGUACAGACGGUGACUUCAUCCAUGCUAAUGUUGAUAUUGACCUCAUCAUCACAGAAGAGCCCGAAAUUGGCAACAUAGAAAAACCUGUAGAGAUUUUUCACAUCAUUGAGCAUUUCUGCCUUGGACGACGACGUCUUCAUCUUUUUGGACGAGACAGUACAAUUCGACCAGGUUGGCUGACUGUAGGACCCACCCUCACAAACAGCAAUUUCAAUGCAGAAACAUAUUCUUCAUACUUCGCAGCUCCAAAUUCCCACCUGACCGGCUGUACUGAAGAGAUUGAGAGACUUCGGCCCAAGUCACCACCACCCAAGUCCAAGUCUGACCGGGGAGGUGGUGCACCAAGGGGAGGAGGAAGAGGAGGGACUUCGGCAGGCCGAGGAGAAAGGGGCAGAGAGAGGAAUAGAACUAACUUUCGGGGUGAGAGGGGUGGCUUCAGAGGGGGACGUGGAGGUACCCAUAGAGGAGGCUUCCCCACCCGCUGAUGACUGUUAGGCAAUUGCUUCUUCCCUCGGUCUUGUGCCUCAUCCCUGAAUCGUUUUCUUAGUCUUUUUUUUUUCUGAAGUGAAUUAUUCUGGGGACUCAAGCCAGACGACUUUUAAAAUUGGUGUUGGUGCAAGCAGCGACAGUCUGCACCCAGCCUGGCACGUCGCCUCACCCCACAGGCAAGGUCCCGCACAGCCUCCUGCCAGCUGCUGCGUGUCAAAGCAGAGGGAGCCAUCUCUUCAGAACCACAGAUAAGAUUGAACUGAAGAUACUUGCUCUUCCCUUAUGAAACGUGAAAGGCGUUUAUUAACUGUCAUUUUCUCCAAAACAGGGAUUCCUGUUCAGGUUUGGACUGACUUGGGUUACUUGUGCUGGAGUGGGCAUGAAAUGCAGUUCUGACUGCAUGGCCAUGGCAGACUUACUCUCUCAUUCAUGGAAGAAAAAGUGCUGUGUCUAUACUGACACCUAUUUUAACUUCUCUGAAACCAAGGAGCAAAUGGAGUAAAUAGAAUUCUAUUUUUUUUUA